AAUGCUCCACGAGAUUCAGAAUUAGGCCAACCUCCUGGUAAUGGGUACAAAAUAAAAAGCAGCCCUCAGGAAAACAGCACAGAAAGACCUGGGGGUCAGGACAUCUCAGAUCCUCUUCCUGCUGCUGUGCCACUGGCUGAGAGCACAUCCCCAUCAAUUCCAGGGCCUACAAGCGUCAGUAAUGAAGGCAUCAGUAGCUACAGUGCUGAAGAGCUAUCCAGCCCAAAUUCAAGCACGGUGACAGGACAGAGCACUACCUUGGAAGAGCAAGGAGGACAGACAGACUCUUAUUUCUUACAGCACUCUGCUGAAGCAAGAGAGAGCAGCCUGCCUAUCUCAGUGCCCUUGGCACACAGUGCCCAAGAACAUAUCACAGAUCUUACAAGCAGCAAUGACAACUUACCCACCUCAGACUGCAACAAAGCAGUGCCAUCACCAGGUGCAGUGAAUGACAAACAGGAAAUAGCACAUGCUGAAUUUGUGGACAGAAGCCCAAAAUGUGACAAUAUUGCAGCCACAUCUGUGAAAAACAAGCCCAGAAUCCCAAGCCUGGAGCACAGCCCUCCUGCAGCAAUCAGAGAGAUGCAAGGAGUCACACAAAUGAGCUGGAGUGAAUUGGGAUCUCUCUGUCAGAGUGAACAGCUGGGUGGCAUGAGGGAACCACAUGUCAGCAUGUUUCCCCGGGGUGAAGCAGCAGGAGAUUAUUUUACUGCUCAGGAGGCCGAGCAGGAGCGAGGAGUUUUGGAAGUAGGUCAGCUGCAGGCAGUAAUGCAGCAAGGUAGACAGAACACAGAUGGUGGAGAGGGUCUGCUAAUGAAAAAGGAAACCUUAAUCCUAAAUUAUCCAGCAACAGGAGGCUCAGACAGUGAGAAAUUUGGAGCAAUUGUGAAUACUCAGGACUUCACUGAGAUCAGUGAAGUCUGUAAUCUACAGAUGGGGGCUGAAACAACAGUUAAGGGGAAUGAGGCAAAUCCAGCUCUAUCUGGAAGCAAAAGGAAGCAAUCAGAAGCCUGUACUUUAAUGUCAGAGUUGCCUUCUAACCCUCCAAAUCUCUUCCUGGCACCAAAGCCUGAAGAGCCUUCGAGGGAAUAUGUGCCUGGAAAUGAUUCUCAGGAUCCGGUGAGGAGUGAAGCAGUGAAAACAGCCUCUGAAAAAAACAAACCCAUUUUUCAAAGAGAGCUUCAAAAGGCGUAUGAGCUUGUUAGUGCCGAGCAUUUCAGUGUGCCUUUAUCAUUUAAGCGAGAGGAAGAAGAAAAAUCAGCUGUCAUAUCUGAAAGCCCAAAAGAUGAAGCCAGUAGCAAUGAAAUUAUAAAAGCUGAUGAUGUGUCUAGAGAAAGCACUGCACUCUCUGAAACAGAAAGCAUUAUCAGUCCCACCAAGGAAAAUUCUCUGGGAGAUAAAAGAUUAUUACUGGAAGAAUAUGCAUUAAGUACCUCUUUGAGCAGAUCCACAGAGCUGUAUCAAAAAGAAAUGGAGGUGGGUGUAACAGGAGAAACAAAUGGAAUCCGCACAGAGGAGACACAAGUGCCAGAAACCAGUGAAUUACCUGAGGGCUCGAGUGGGGCAGAAAGACAACUAUUGAGCUCUGUUCAUAGCCACCACCAGGACACGGAAAACACUCACUUGAAACACAAUCCUGAAGAAUUCAGUCUGUGUGAAAACACUUCAACAGGUGACCUAGAAGGUGGGGGAAAGCCUCUCAAUUUAGACAGUAACUUUAUAUCACCUGAAGACAAUUCACAGCCUCUUGUUUGUAAACCUGAACAGCAAAUGUGUAAAGAGAAAACUGCUGCCACAGAUGACCUGAAGAACAAACUCGUGGCUUCAGCACAGUUUGCAAGGGAGGAAUGCCCACGGAGUUUUGAUGGCUUUGACACUGAGGCAGAAGGCAAAACUUCAGGCCAGACAGGCUGUAAGGAGACUGAAAAGGUUUGUUUAGCUGGUGCACACAGUUCACUGCUCCUCCGCCCUGGGAACAAUAAUAUUAAGCAGAGUAAGCAGGAUGAGUCCUGGGAAAAGGCUAGAGAAACUGUGUUGGAAUCUGAAUGCAAAGCUGAGAGUCAAGAAAAGCCUGAGAGCUCUAGCAAGUCAGGAGAAAGUGCAAAAAUGCCCAAAUUAAAACGUGAUCUCCAGGGCUUAAAUGAGUUGGCAGAGACUAUGGGUCCCAUGGCUGUACAAACCACAGAGGCCUCACAGGUUUCAGAAGCCAAAGAACAGAACAGUCACAUCGCUCAAGUGCCUCACAGCGAUCCAGAGCAGGAACCUGCAGCUGCACAAAACAGUGCUGUGGAUGGAAAAGAAAGCAAGUGUGUUCAACAAGAGAAGAACCAAACUGUGGUAAAAAGUUCUGUGGAGGACAAAGAUUUGGCACUGAAAAGUGAAUGCAAAUCAAAUGUGCCAAUGGAAGCUCAGCUGGAGCAAGUGGCUGCAGAAAGUCACAGAAAUACACAGGUGGCUUGUUCAGAAACUCCCCAGGCUGCAGCUGGUACUUCAGGACAUACUCCUCAGCAAGUUCAUGUGGAGGGAGGGGGUGACAGCCACAUCACUGCAAACAACUGCCCCUCUGAGAGUGACACGUGCAGCUCUUUGGUGGCCCUGGAGUGCAGCAUCAGAGAACUGCAGGAUGUUCCAACUGCUGUUCCCCAAGCAGAGCAAACGGAGAAGUUGGUGCCUGUUGCUGGUGACAGUGGCUGGAGUUCAAACACAGGACUUGAACAACAUAAGCACCAAAGCAGUCUGACAGCUGUCACAAGAGCAGAUGAUCAGGAACACAAAGAAAGGGCACUGAAACCUGAACAGCCAUUGGACCUCAAUAAUCACAGCAACAUACCACAAAUACCUCCGAACAUUUCAAACAACCUUAAUAAAGAAUCUUCUGUGCGAGCUCCAGCACCUCUCUGCUGUGGCUCUGCCAUGGCAAAAGAGCAGGCCCAGGCUCACCGCAGUGCCCUGGGGUCAGAGGAUGUGUGCAGCAGAGAGCACAGGCAAAACGUUUCUAGUGUGACCAUGCUUAAUUUGCAAGAUUGCAAUGAGCAAAACAAAACUGAUCUCAAGGCAGAAGAAAACUGCUGCAGUAAGCAAAACUCAAACAAGCCCAAGCAGGGUAAUAAUUCUUUGAUCUCAGCUAGUCAGCAUGAAGCAGCAUGUCAGAGUGAUACGUUUUGUAAGGAAUCUGACAAGAAUGAGCAGCCAGGCAGCGUUUGCAGGACAGAGGGUAAUGCUGGUGAAAGCUGUGCUGCUGCUAUAAACACUCUCCCAGGGACACAGGAUUCAGCAAGUGCCACUAACAUAUCACAGGCUUUGCCAAGCGAUACGGAAAUAGCACACACUUCUGAUAAUUCUGAGAAAAAUGAGCCUCAAAUACCUCGUCCAGAAACUCAAAGGAAAAUGCCAUUAAUGGCAAAAUACUCAGAAAAUAUCCUGACUGCUGAUGGGGGAAUCAUCCAGAAAGAUGAAAACACAGAUAUGUUUUGUGAAGACAGUGCUGCUGUCACAGAAACAAGCAAUAUGAAGCCUGACAAAAGUCCAGGAGCACAAGGAUCUCCUUCACCAUUGCAGGCACACAAGGAAGUAAUUCCCACUGAUAAGUCAUAUAAAUCCAUCUGCAUUCAAAACACAACAGAGCAGCCUGGUUAUUGUCAAGCAGAAUUUACAGCCCUCUCUACCCAGACCUCUGCACUCAGCCAUCCUUGCCAGCAACCUGGAAACAGUAUGGACAAGGGUACUGGGGGGGAAUCACUAAAUAAUGAGCUGGAAGUUGUAGCAUGCCAAAAUGCCUUAGAAGGUAGCUCUAAUUUGCAGGUUCCUGCAGGGCCUCAGGUGUCAGUGCACUUAGGUCCUUCAUCUGGGAUAAACACAGGUAAAACAGCAUAUUCAGAAAACAGUUCUGCAGGGGAUAUAUGUGUGAGUGAACGAGAUUGUCCAGACCAAAGUUUUCAGGGUGAUGGAGACAGAAGUUUCACCCUGACAGAGACUUUAAAUGUAGGGCAGAGUGCUGGAAACUUAUCACUGUUCAAUUCUGAGAAACUGAAGAAAGAGAUCUCUGCAAUUAAAUCCAAAAACCCAAAAAGUGAGCCAAACUUCAAAGAACAGCAAAGUGACAGUUCAGCAGAGUCUCUGUUAGCUCUCCCUACUCCAGAAGGGAAGAUGCUGAGCCUUUCAUCAUCACAAGAAGGCUGUAAUGAGGAAAUUGCAACAAAUAUCUGCGUAGAUGACAAGUACGGUAAGAUCUUAGAGAAAUCUGGGAAAUCAGAAAAAAUGGAAAAGCUUUCAAAAGAGAAUAAUAACAUAACCAGGGCAGACAUCACUAUUUCCGAGCAGUCUGCAGAGAACUCUGGAAGGGAGCAUGAGGCUCUGAGUUGCAGCUCUCUGGACAUUGGCUCCACCAUCCCAGACUUUAGGGAACACAUCAGCCAGAUAUUUAAAAAAACUCUGCACAGCACACUGAGUGCUGAAUUACCCCAACUUUUGUCUGAAAACCAUGCAGGCUUCAAGCAGAGUCCAGUGGCCAAGGAUACAGCAGAACUGUGUGGUGCUGAGAACUUUUCAGAACCAAACAAGGCCAGCAAAGGAGUUCCUGAGGGCACCUCGGAGACAGAGGGGCAAGAGUUAUCUUUAGCUACUGAGGCUUCCUGCAAAGCUGCCAAAGGCAAAUCUCUGCAACAAGAAAACACUGUGGCAGAGCUGCCACCAGCAAGUCUGCAGGACACUGAGGAAAGCAGGCAGCCCGGUAGGUGUUUAGAAGUGGUCCCUAGCUUGGAUGGCGUUACACCUGCUGAAUGUGCUCCGGAAAAUCUGCAAAAACCAGACAAACCCUCUGAGCAGGCAGAGAGCAGUGAGAUGGAAAGAGAGGGAGGCGUGUGUGCUGGUCGCGUUGAUCCUGACUCGCUAAUAAGCUUAGGGAUAAAGAAGCAAGGACCAGCUUCAUUUGAUGGGGCAGCAGCUGAGAACUUCCCUGCGUAUUCCGACAGUCAGCGACAACGCGCCGGAGCUGUUAUCUCUGCGGGCGAUGCACAGAAGAAAGAUGUAAAAGAUGCUGCUGCCACAGAGGGAAACAACUUAAUUACAGAGUGUAAUGCAGAACCAGUUUCAUCUGAAGAGGAUGUAACUCUUCCUACUGGACGGUGCCAGGAUCCUAAGCCAAAUGAACAGGAGAAAAGUGAGUACGGUGAUCCAGACUUUGCCAAGAGCAUCUCUGACAUGGCAGCUUCAACACUUGUCCCAGGAGGAUCUUACAAUCAUGAGAAAUUGCCAGACAAUUUUAAUGUGUCACCUGGGGAAAAUCAGGAGGCACACAUUUGCAGCAAUUUCAUGCAUGACAUUAAGUCUCAGGAUGACAUGCAGAUGAUACAGGAUGAUACAGUAAAUAGGAAAUGCUUGGAAACGUCGGCAAAUUCACAAGACGCAGAGCAAGAAGAGAAAGUGCCCCUGCAUGGGUUAAUAGAUUACUUCAAAAAUGAAGUAAGCCAGGAUGAUUGCUUGCAAACUGACUUGAAACUAGAAUCUAGCAGUAUGACUGAGGGGGGUGUAAAAGAGAACAGUGACACAAUAUUAAGCACAGCAAAGACAGGUAAUGAAAAACAUGGAGACAUCCCUGAAACAGGUACUGCAAGGAUGUUAGUCACUGGUGAAGGUGACUUAGCUAUAAACACGAGCAUAGAAGAGCAGGAGGCAGAGCUGUGCAAAAAUCCCUCUCCAGCCCUCCCUGUGAUGGAGCAGGGUGCAAAUUGUGCACGUGCAGUUCUCACUGGUGCUGAAAAUCAGCCGAGCAAGAUGCAUUCAGAACCUGAGAGCUCACUUCGGGAUGCCAAAGGAAAACUAUCACCACUUGCAUUAACCAAGCCUAAGAACCUUGACCUCAGUGAACUUCAGGACGUGGCUGUGGCAGGAUUACUUACUGAAAGCCCUCCUGGGCCAGGUGAUGAUACACGGUUGGCUUCUCCCCUCGAUCCUUCUGAGCAACCCUUAGCUGAUUCUGUGCCGUUUGGAAAUGUUGAGCCUGCAGAUGCUGCUGAGCUGACUGCAGCAAGCACUUCCAAGCCUGAUAGCUGCAAAGAAGUUGAUAACGUCGUUUCUGAGGAUGUACCUUUGGCUGCAGCCCCUGGUGAUGGUGUAGAACUGCCUGCUCAAGACACUGAAAAUUUCACAAGGGAAAAAAAGAG